CAUUGGCCUCGAACCAAGGUGACAUCAGAAGUGUCUGUAAUCUUCCACAACGACUGUCUACCAUAAACAUGCGUGCCUUCGUCGUCGUCGCCACGUUUGUAAUGGCUGCCUCUGGCGCACCUGUGGCCGAGCAGCAAUACGCACCUAUUCCCUAUCAGUUUGCCUACAAGGCCGAAUCCGAAGAAGGAGCCCAUGGUCAUUCCGAAACUUCUGACGGUAACGGAAACUCCCAGGGUGAGUAUUUUAUUAGAUUAGCCGAUGGUCGGUCUCGUAGCGUUCGUUACACAGCUGACGCCAACGGAUUCGUCGCCAAAAUCGAGACCAACGAGCUCGGAACCGAGAGCAAAGACGCCGCCGAUGCUACGUACACUUCUUCAGCUAUCACUGGCUAUGACGCCGCUUUCCAAUACGGUGCCGCUGCCCCAGCCGACCAUGCUCUCCAAAAGGUGAAGGUCGUCCAGACUCCCGCCCCCGUGACGAAGGUUGCCUCUCCUGCACAGACUCUCGUAAAGACCUACCAGACUGCCCCGGCACUUACAACCAUCAAAACCGUCCAGGCCGCUCCCAUCGUUAAAGCAUAUACUGCCGAUUACCCUGUCACCGUUGUGAAGACCGCUGCCGCGCCUACGGUCGUCAAGACCAUCCAGACUGCUCCGGUACAGUACGCCUACGCUCAAACCCCAGUUCAGUACACUUAUGCACACCACGAAGGUGACCACCAUAUUAUCGCUCACCACUAAUCAAUGAAAGGUUUUGUAGUAAAUUAGAACGAUGGUGCUUUUGAUAAAAUCCAUCAGAAAAAGACGUAUCUGCUGGCGCACGCUGGUAACCUCUAUUGUUCCGAGAGUUUCUCGAAGUAUUCAAAUCGCAGCCCUUGCUUUUUGUAUAUUCCACGCGACGUUGCAUUGUGAUUCCAGCAAAUAAAGAAAUACAUAAGAACGUACCGUUAA